GGAAAUCUUCCUCUUCAUAUUCUGCUUUGAAUCUCCGAUUCUCCCUCAAACCCCAACUCUCUUUUCAUCUCUACGGUCUUCACAGCUUAACCUAAACCCAUACCUAUAUUUUUUUUGUUGUUGCAGAACUUACAACAUGGGUUCCAUUUCUGCGCUCAAUUCUCAAUCCCUCAAUAUCCCUCUCCCUUGUGGUCUCAAGUCUGUCCUUCAUUCUCCGCCACCGUGCAUUGUACCCUUAUUCCAUCAUCACCAUCAAGUACCUGCUCUCUCCAUUCCUCAACGACGACGGUUUCACCGCUUCGCUGCUCUUACCACCAGCUCCGAUCCCCCAAGAGAUACAACAUAUAUUGUUGGAGAUUUUAUGACAAAAAAGGAAAAGUUACAUGUUGUGAAACCUACAACUACUGUUGAUGAAGCAUUGGAAGCUCUCGUUGAGAAGAGAAUCACUGGUUUCCCUGUGAUUGAUGAUGACUGGAAAUUGGUUGGUAUGGUUUCUGAUUAUGACUUGUUAGCACUUGACUCCAUAUCAGGUAGCAGUCAGAGUGACACAAACAUGUUUCCUAGUGUUGAUAGCUCUUGGAAGACAUUCAAUGAAAUACAGAAAUUGCUCAGCAAAACUAAUGGGAAAGUCAUUGGUGACCUGAUGACACCUGCUCCACUUUUUGUUUAUGAAUCAACGAGCUUAGAAGAUGCUGCCAGGUUGUUGCUUGAAACAAAAUACCGUCGACUGCCAGUGGUGGAUGGUGAUGGCAAGCUGGUCGGGAUACUUACAAGGGGAAGUGUUGUUAGAGCUGCCCUACGGAUAAAACGUGCUACUGAAAGGCUUGGAUGUGAUUCCUAGACAUGGAGAAUUUAAUAUCACAGAGUUAUUGUUGAUGGUGUGGUUCUUUUGCAAUACACGGGCAUGUUACUUGUCCUGCACAUCACAUGAUCAUUGUUCACAGGGAAGUCAUGAUGGCAAGGUUCUGCUUUUAAUUUUUCAAUUUAUUUUUACCUAUACUUAGGAAUUCAAGCAAAUACCACCUACCAUUAGAUAUGAGUUAGGCAGCUAUCUGCAGGAGUUUUUUGUUUGAUAGCAUUCCCAUGUUUACUGUCAUCUAAACUCUUACAUAUAUAUGGUUAGUUAGCUAUUUGGCAUUAAUCAGUACAAUAUGAUUAUCAUUAUUUUGAUGCUGAAGAAAAUUUGCCAUAUAGU